GAAAGACGAGCGGCACAUGCCGUCCCGAGCUUGAGCUCCAGGCAGAGCUGCUGCGUCAACCACUCCCUCUCGCCUUUCUAUCCACCGAACCCUCCCACGAAGCCUUCGUUGAAGCCUCCGACCUAAGCCUCCACCUCCACCUUCACCUCCACCUCAAUCGUUACUCCUCUAUUCCGACCUUCCCCUCACGCAUCCAUGGCAGGCUUCGACUUCUCCAACCACAACCGCAAUGCUGCGCUCCACGCCCAAGGCGUACCAUUACCGAAGGCCACAAGCACUGGAACUACCAUUGUUGGCUGUCUGUUCGACGGCGGAGUCGUGAUUGCCGCAGACACACGAGCUACGAGCGGGCCUAUAGUGGCAGACAAGAACUGCGAGAAGCUGCAUUAUAUUGCCCCUCAGAUUUGGUGCGCGGGCGCCGGUACCGCCGCCGACACCGAAUUCACAACCGCUAUCAUCUCGUCCAACCUCGAGCUGCACGCCCUGUCCACCGGCCGCAAGCCACGCGUAGUCACCUGCAUGACGAUGCUAAAGCAGCACCUCUUCCGCUACCAGGGCCACAUCGGCGCGUACCUCGUCGUAGCAGGCGUAGACCCAACAGGCUCACACCUCUUCACCGUGCACGCCCACGGCUCCACCGACAAGCUCCCCUACGUAACCAUGGGCUCUGGCUCUCUAGCCGCCAUGUCUGUCUUCGAGACGCAGUGGAAGCCGAAGUUGAACAAGGAUGAUGCCGUGAAGCUGUGCGCAGAUGCAAUUCAGGCCGGUAUCUUUAACGAUCUGGGAUCUGGCAGCAAUGUCGAUGUUGCCAUCAUCACUGAGGAGAAGACGACGUUGAUGCGAAACUACAUCACGCCGAAUGUCCGUGCGCCCAAGCAGAGGAAUUACAAGUUCCAGAGGGGUACGACGGCAGUGCUGAAUGAGAAGAUCAUUACGAGGGAGGAGAUCAGCAAGUAUAUCACCGUGCAUGAGCUGAAAGAUGAGAAUGUGACGGCUACGGCGGAGACUAUGGAUGUGGACUCAUAGAGACACGCACAGCUUCGUGCGAGGUAGAGGGAGAAGGAAUGAUGAUAGUCAGUGCACCACUGGGCGUUUUGGGCAUCGAGGCCAUGGACUACUCCCCCCGGAUUAUGGAGGAGACACGGUUUAGCAACGGUGAGAGCUGAACAGAUAGAGACUAGCAUUGAUCAUGAAUUCAAUCUUUCUCG